CUAAAGUCCACUCAGCAGUGGGUGUCCAUACGUGGUGAAGUGACAGAUUUAAAUCACCACUGAAUUGGAAUUUAGAAAAAAUGGGAAGAAGUUAUUAUGUGGAGGAGGCAGUUGAAAAGUAUUUCUAUAAACGUAUUCAGCAGCAGCAGAAAGGCUUUAUUACAGGACUUAUCAUAGGACAGAGUUCGGCACAAAGAGAGUUUGUGCUUCUGGCUGCGCAGACCCCACACAAAGAAGAUCAGCGUGAAGGGAAUACAGUAAAGCCUGCGUUAUCCAAGCUAGAUGAAAUUGAUGAGGACUGGGUCUCUUCGCACGCCAGCCAGGUAAGUCGUAUGCUUCCUGGUGGUCUUCUUGUCCUGGGCGUCUUCCUCAUCACAUCUCCAGAACUUUCCAAGGACUCCCAGAAUGCACUGCGUAAGCUUAUUUUUGCUGUAGAAAAGUCUUCCAUGAAGAACAGAUUAUGGAGCUUUGAUGACAAUGACGUCUGUGACCGGGCAGCACUUCACAUUUGUUCUGCAACCAAAAAAAUUACAUGUCGAACAUUUGAUGUCAAAGAUCCAAAGAGCACGGCUAAACCCGCAGACUGGAAAUAUCAGAGCUCAACCUUAUCUUGGCUGACCAUAGACUGUAAUGUGCGUUUAGACCUCACCGUCCCACGGUUAUCCGCUGCAUCGUCUUAUCAGGAGCAGCAGAAGUGUACACGAGCUGGACUAGCAAAAUGGGCUAAAGAGAUAGAUGACGUAACUUUGAUUUUCAAUGGCCGAGUUAAAGAUAUAGAUGGAGACCUUCUCGAUGAACAUGUACGUAGUAGGCCAAAGAUUACAGUUAGCAGCAACAGCAUUUGUGUAGGGCUAAAAUACAUGUUUUAGUACAACCUCAGCAGUGCCAAAUUGCA